AUGCCUCCCAAAGCGACGGCAACCUCGCCCGCAGGCCGGCCGGGGAACAUAGACAUCGAGCGGCCACCCGAAGAGAACAGUGUAAGCUCGAGACUUCGCACCCGUAGUACCCGUACCAAGGCUGCGACACCCGCUCACGAGCCGCCUACACCGACGGAGUCUGCUCCCUCUCAAAAGCGUCGCAAAGCAGCAGGUCCCGAGAAAGACAAGUCUUCUUCGGAGCCUGGAGCUGUCACCGUGGACAAUGCUCGCAAGACGCAGACCAAAGGGGCUGCAAAGACGUCGGGUUCUCAGACCGGACAGUCCUCAUCGGCUGCCACGCAGGUUGCUCGGCUCCUGAACGACAAAGCCGAAUCCCGUAAGAAGGAGGCGGAAAAGCGUGUCGCGCCGCCACUCGAGAAAAUAAAGACUGCUGGUCCGACACCGGCAGAAAAGACGGCUGAACGCGUUGCUGGUGUGCGAGGCCAGAUUGCUUUGGAACGAGACCGUGAUCAGGAGGACCGGCAGGAACGCGCCCGACACGGUCUACCGCCGGCUCCCACGUCUGCUUCUUCGAAACCUGAUGGGCAGAUUGGGGCGCGCGGGCGUCUGAGUCAGCCUAUCGCCUCGCCUGCAUCUCAACGGCCACAGCCUGUCUCGCGCACGCCCUUACCUACCCCGUCAACCCGUGGCUCUCGUGCCCCAUCCAAGCAGCCACGCUCUUCUGCACCAGAUCUGCAUUCUGUGCCUGCAGGUGGCGGAGUGCGUGCCGACUGGCAGAGCAUUACAAGCGCGCCAUCCGCUCGCAACUCCCCUGUCAAUCACAGGGCUCGCGGUACCGGUAGACGCGGCACGACGCGCGCGAGCAGGGAUGGCAAUGCCGAACAGGGAUUGACGGAGGAAGACUUAUUCACGGGCAGAGAAGACGGUGACGCGGCAAAGAAGAAGUACAACAUGGUUGCUUUCAAGAGCGAAUCACAGGACACCAAGGACGCGCUGGCCAAGGACAACCAGGUCGCCCGUCCGAAGCGCGGUGGGCGCGCGAAGAAGCCCGGACCGCGCACGGCGAGUGGCCGCCCAAGCCGGGCCAUCAAGGAUGCGCCGCGCGAGUACAUGGCCGUCUACGAUUCAGGGCUGGCGCCCUCGAUGGUACACCAGUUCUACGCGUCCAUGCAGAUAUUCAAGCUCGACGACGGCCAGUCCGACCUCCUAUUCGCCAAUGCUAUAAAGGAAUACCUCGACGUACUUGUCCCCGGCAACUCGUGGGAAGCCGACAAAUCGCAUGUCCUCUACGGCGCCUUGCGUGCUCGAGUCGUCAAUGAGCGCAGGAAAUACGGGUCGAAAGCAAAGGACCUUGUCAACGCAGUUAUGCUGACGGUGCCCGCAAGCGAGCGUGCUGCCUUCGCGCGUCGAGCUGUUCAAAGCGGUACACGCUCCUUUGCUUUCUGGGAGGUUCCUGCCGACCCUGAGAAUGGCAUCCGUAGCCCAUCUGGACUAUGCAAGACGUCAUACAUACUGGGUACGCUCAGUGUGUAUAUCAAGUCCACGAAGGGCUCGAUCUUCCAACCGGAAGAAGAACCAAUCGGUCCUUUGGUGAUGGCAUACCUUGCUGUCUACCUGGCCUUCAAAUCGUGGUUCAAGGGCACAGACGCCGGUCAACUACCAUUCAAGGUGGACGAAUGCGACGCCAAGUACAAGCAAAUCACCCAGGAUCACGCCGACGUCAAUGAACAAGGUAUAUUCAGGCGCCUCGCGGCUGAUCCGAGUCGCGUUCGCGCUAUCUACUCGGCCGUCUAUGCAUGGGCCGGCAUACAGCCGCCAAAUCCUCAAGCUUCCGAGGAUGAGUAUGACUGCGACGACAAUGUCUUUGCCUUUAGCAGUCCUCCUCCCGAAAGCCGGCAACCCGCGACGUCAUCUUCCCGCCAACGUUCGAGUGACCCUCGUGUCAAUGCCCAUGAGUGGUCCCCGUCGCCAGAGCCUACUUUCCCCGGGCUCGGACCCGCUCAUCUGGAUAUCUAUGCCACGCCCGGACUCCGUGGCCAGCCUUUCAUGCCCUCCACCCAUCAACGUGAUCAUGCCGCGAGUACUCCGGCGCGUCGUGUCCAGGACCCCGGAAGUGAUGGGGAGGACAUUACGACUCGAGAUGCGAGCCCAGCCGUGCACGCGACUGUCUACAUAAGCUCUCCCGGCUCUUCCAUCGAUCUUCCAUCGGAGAUUUACCACGACUCAGCUACCCCGGAACCCAUGGCUGUCGAAUCCGCGACGGCAUUUUCUCAAUACCUCGGUGGAUAUGGGUCAUCGUCCAGCGACUCGGGCAGCCCACGCUCGGACAGCGCAGAGAUCGAGGCAGGCGCAAAUGGAUACCUCGGUGAUGCCGACGUAAUCUCGCUCGAUAGCGCAGAGGAAUACGAGUAUCAAGCGGAUCCAGAGGCUGAUGAGGACGGCGAAGGCGGAUACGAGUCCGACGGGAAUAUUGUGGAGUUUUUUUGA